UAUUAUCAGUCGUAGACGCUGUUGCGAGUAGUUCAGUUUCGGUUGGGAAGCAGCCAAAUAAAGCGGCAAUAUGAGCAACACGUCGGAAAAUUUGAAGAUUGUAUCCUUGGACGUCAAGGAUAUGAGAUUUCCCACGUCACUGCAUGCAGAUGGAUCCGAUGCUAUGCACACUGAUCCUGAUUACUCCUGCGCAUACGUCAUAAUAAGACUCCAAAAUGGAUUGGAAGGCUAUGGACUCACCUUCACGCUUGGUAGGGGUACCGAAAUUGUGGUAGAAGCUAUUCGAACAUUGAGUUCUAUAGUCGUCGGGAAAGUCGUGACAGAUAUUUACAAGGAAUUUGGUGCAUUUUGGAGGUCGCUUACUAGCGAAAGUCAACUGAGAUGGAUCGGUCCUGAGAAAGGUGUAACUCAUCUCGCAACGGCAGCUAUCAUAAACGCCCUGUGGGAUUUAUGGGGCAGGCUAGUGAAGAAACCAGUAUGGCAACUGCUUGCAGAUAUGGAACCUGAGCAGCUCGUCUCUUGCAUAGACUUCAGGUACCUGUCGAACGUCAUCACCAAGGAAGAAGCCCUAGAAUUAUUGAAGAAAGGCAGAGAGGGAAGGGAAGAAAGGAUGAAUGUUUUGUUGCAGAAAGGAUAUCCGUGUUACACAACGCAAGCAGGAUGGUUAGGGUACUCCAACGAUAAAAUCAGAGAGCUAGCGAACAAAUUCUUGAAUGCUGGAUUCACAGCAUUCAAGCUGAAAGUAGGAAAGAACCUUCAAGAUGAUAUCCAAAGGCUGGAAUUUGUCCGAAAUAUAAUUGGAUGGGACAGAACUCUGAUGGUGGAUGCCAACCAAGUGUGGGAGGUACAGGAAGCGAUCGACUGGAUGAAACACCUAGCCAAAUUCAAGCCCUUGUGGAUCGAAGAGCCAACAUCCCCAGACGACGUAUUGGGACAUGCUGAGAUUGCCAGGGCUCUGAAACCUUUGGGAAUCAGCAUAGCAUCGGGAGAGAUGUGCUGUAACAGGGUGUUGUUCAAACAAUUCCUGCAGGCUGAUGCCAUCCAGUAUUGCCAAAUAGAUUCGGCCAGGAUCGGAGGAGUGAAUGAAAUUUUAUCGGUUUAUCUGAUGGCGAAGAAAUUGGGAGUGAAAGUAUGUCCACAUGCCGGAGGUGUAGGGCUUUGUGAAAUGGUACAACACCUGCAGAUGUGGGACUUUGUUGCUCUCUCUGGAACUUCUGAGGGCAAAUGGGUCGAGUAUGUUGAUCAACAACACGAGCAGUUCGUGUACCCCACGGUCAUUGAAAAUGCGCACUACUUGGCUCCCAGGGCACCUGGGUAUAAUACUGAAUUGACCAAAGAAGCAUUGGAAAACUACGUCUAUCCACAAGGAAAGGAGUGGGAAUCCAUGUUUGCUAAAGGAAUCUUCACAGAUCCCCGAAAAUAAAAACGAUCAAUUAGAUUUAAAAAACUGUAUUUCAGGACAUCACCUAUACCUAAAU